AUGUUACUUGCAUUACGUGAAAGUCAAAGUUCAUUAGAUACUGUAUGUGCAAUGCUCGAUUUCGAUGCAGUUGAAAAUCAUGAUAAUAAGUUACAAUUAAUAUCAACACUGGGAUCGACACCCAAUGGGUUAAAAAUGUAUGCAAAAGUAUGUGAAAGACAGAGAGCAUUACAAGAGUUACAACAGAAAGGUGGACCAAGAAAAUUAACAUUACCAUCACCUUGGACUGAUAAUGAUUUAGCAAGCUUAUUAUCAAAAGGUUCAUAUGGUAAUCUUGAAUCUUUAAGCUUAGCAUUUACGAAUGUCACAAAUGCUUGUGUCGAACAUUUAAUUAAAUUACCAGCAUUAAGAUAUUUAAAUUUAUGGUCAACACAAUUUGGUGAUACUGCUUUAGAAUUAAUUUCCGAACAUUUAAAUCAAAUAGAAGUACUUAAUUUAUGUGAAACAUCAGUGACGGAUAAAGGUCUUACUUAUUUAGCAAUUGUGUAUGCAGCUACAUUUCGUGAAAUCUCAUUACAAGCAAGUAUUGAAAUAGCUAAAUUUAUCGGUGAUUAUUCAUAA